GUGGUAGGGCAGAAAUGGAGGACUCGAAAGACUUGUGUGAUGAUCGCUGAAUACAUUCAAUGUUUUACCCAUUUGAUGGGGAAAGUAAUUUGAUUUAAGGGAGACAUGAGCAAAUAAAAGUAUGUUUUACAAUGAAGAAAGUGUCAGGAAUUGUUACCAAGCCUGCGGAAAAGCUGGAAUCGGACAAAGCUAAGCGUGUUUACAGAGCAGCUCUUGAUAUUAUCCGUCGCCUAGAUGACAUCAUCAAGCAAAAGAAGGCAUACAGGGAUGUAUUCCUACCUGAAGCUAUUGGCUUACGAAAUAGGUUGAAGGACUACUGUGAGCGGCUAAUGUUCUAUGAUCCAGUAGAGUAUGGAAGGAAGGCAGAAGAACUGUUGUGGAGGAAGGUGUAUUAUGACAUCAUUCAGCUGAUGAAACAGAAUAGAAGGACUACUCGUUUGAGCAAUGCUAUAGAGAGUGCAUUUAGGACCCAUCUGUCAUCAGCAACAGGUUACUAUCACCACUUACUGUUCAGGCUACAAGUAGAGUUUGGUCUCAAGUUGGAAGGAAUUGUAGACUUUCAUUAUGUGCCAGAACCAAGAUCAUACAAGAAAAAUGCCCUAAGCAAAAAGAAUGACCAGGAUACAAAAAGGAUUGAAACUUGGGCUACCAGAGCUUGCCAUAGGUGCCUGGUUUAUCUAGGGGACAUAGCUCGCUAUCAACAAGAGUUUGAUGGGUACCGAAGUGUGAUAUUAUCUCGCCGCUACUAUUAUCAGGCACUUGCAAUGUUCCCUGACAUAGGUGUACCUCACAAUCAACUUGGCACCCUGGCUGGGACAUCUUACUGCAAUAUAGUGGCAGGGUACCAUUACCUGAGAUGCCUGAUGUGCUCCAGCACAUUUGAAGGUGCUCAUAGCAAUGUGAACAGGUUGUUUGAGAAAAACAGGAAAAGAUAUCAAGAAGUUAUCAGAGUCUCUCCAAGAGGUUUACCUCCUGUGCACCAGAGACUAAAGGCCAUUAAAAGGUGCUUAGUGAGAUUUAUGCAUUUGCUGGACACUUUGCAAAAUGUUACUCAAAGUGAUCCCAAGGAACUCCAGGAAUACUGCCAGAACACCCUGCAGGACUUCAACCUGUGUAUGUUCUAUACACCCCAGAGCAGCAUGGCAGAUGACAUGUAUGUGGAGAAACCCCAGUACCUGUCUGAUGAUUUGGUUUUCAAGAUUGUCCUCAUGACAAUGAUAUCAAUUUAUCAACUGCAGCAAACAGGUUCAAAACAAGUGACAGCUGCCAUUGCAUUCAACCUUGCUCUCUUCUCUCAUAUACUGAACCACGCUGUAAUAAGACUCCAAACUGCAUUAUAUGAAGCAGAGAAUCCAAGAAAAGUGCUAGAAUUGGAAGAUGAUAUUCUUACAUCAUCAAGUGAGGAGGAUGUGCCUUUAGCAGAUGAAAAGAGAAAUGCCGUAGCAGGAGAAAAUGUUGAUGAUGGAAACCAUGAAAAUAAGACAGACAUAAAAUCAAAGAAUAAGAAAAGCAAACUUGCUAAAAUGCGCAGAAGGAGAAGAAGGGACAGCGACCAGAACGACCUUGACAGUGUUUCCACUGACUCUGACCUUAGUGAAGGUGGAGACAGCUCUGAUCUGAUGACAGAUUCAGAUGAAGAUGAUGACCUCCAGUAUUUGGACUCCAGUUCCUCCCAAAGUGACCAUGAUGACCUGAUGGAGAGCCAGGAACUGCCCCCUGGAUUUGCUUUGAAAGGACUGUCAGACAAGGAUGACAUUUGGGCUAAAUCUGUAAUACCAGAGGAGACUGUGUCUACAGGAGAAAAUUCUGGAAAUGAUGAUUACCAAGCGACCUCUGUUCCAAAUGGCUACACAUUGGCAACUGAAGCAGGGGAGUUUAUGCUAGAUUCUAGUGUCACAGACUAUCUAAGUAACUUUUCUUCUGACUUUUUACUGUCAUCAGCAAGUUUACCUGAUCCAUUUUGGUCUUUGAAGUUUGGACAUUUUGGUGCAUCUCAAAAUGGCGCAGAUGAACAUGUCUGUCAAGAAGUUGCCCAGGGGAAGAAACAAGUCCGAGUUCCACCAGGUUUUGAUCAGGACCCUGAAACCAAGCAUGUCGUAGAGAUAACAGAGAAGUUAGCUGCAUUUGUCAUAGACACGGAUACAGACACCAGCAUGUUGGCCACAGACACUGAGAAUGGCAGUGAUAGUGAGACAGUGCAGAGUGACAAAGGAAGUGUCAUUGACAACUACCUUUUGAGGUUUUUUAAGUCUGAACACAUUGCACCAAGAUUUUUAGGCAGCAUUAGAAAGGACAGAUUCAGAUUGGUUGAAUCCCCUGAGUUUUCUGGUUCAAAACAAGUGACAGCUGCCAUUGCAUUCAACCUUGCUCUCUUCUCUCAUAUACUGAACCACGCUGUAAUAAGACUCCAAACUGCAUUAUAUGAAGCAGAGAAUCCAAGAAAAGUGCUAGAAUUGGAAGAUGAUAUUCUUACAUCAUCAAGUGAGGAGGAUGUGCCUUUAGCAGAUGAAAAGAGAAAUGCCGUAGCAGGAGAAAAUGUUGAUGAUGGAAACCAUGAAAAUAAGACAGACAUAAAAUCAAAGAAUAAGAAAAGCAAACUUGCUAAAAUGCGCAGAAGGAGAAGAAGGGACAGCGACCAGAACGACCUUGACAGUGUUUCCACUGACUCUGACCUUAGUGAAGGUGGAGACAGCUCUGAUCUGAUGACAGAUUCAGAUGAAGAUGAUGACCUCCAGUAUUUGGACUCCAGUUCCUCCCAAAGUGACCAUGAUGACCUGAUGGAGAGCCAGGAACUGCCUCCUGGAUUUGCUUUGAAAGGACUGUCAGACAAGGAUGACAUCUGGGCUAAAUCUGUAAUACCAGAGGAGACUGUGUCUACAGGAGAAAAUUCUGGAAAUGAUGAUUACCCAGCGACCUCUGUUACAAAUGGCUACACAUUGGCAACUGAAGCAGGGGAGUUUAUGCUAGAUUCUAGUGUCACAGACUAUCUAAGUAACUUUUCUUCUGACUUUUUACUGUCAUCAGCAAGUUUACCUGAUCCAUUUUGGUCUUUGAAGUUUGGACAUUUUGGUGCAUCUCAAAAUGGCGCAGAUGAACAUGUCUGUCAAGAAGUUGCCCAGGGGAAGAAACAAGUCCGAGUUCCACCAGGUUUUGAUCAGGACCCUGAAACCAAGCAUGUCGUAGAGAUAACAGAGAAGUUGGCUGCAUUUGUCAUAGACACGGACACAGACACCAGCAUGUUGGCCACAGACACUGAGAAUGGCAGUGAUAGUGAGACAGUGCAGAGUGACAAAGGAAGUGUCAUUGACAAGAAUGAGGAAGAACAAAAGAGAUUAGAGCGCAUGAUAGAUGUUAUAGCAAGGGAAGGAUUGCUGCCCACCAUCAAAAUAUUCUGUGACUGGAUGAAGUGCCAUCCACACAUUGUAACUGCUUGUGCACAGAGUUCACAAAGUUUGUGGUCUAGACUCUCUGUUUUACUAAAUCUGCUUCCAGUUGAAACAAAUAUUGCAACAGCAGAAAUCUGUGAGAAUGCUGAGGUCCGUAGCAUGGUGGAGAAGGCACAGGGAAGAACCUGGGUCCAGGUACAGCCACUGGAGGAGGACCUGAACACCCAGGGAUUGUCUUUCUUGAAAGGCACACAAAAAACCAUGGCCUUUGAUGUGAGGAAAAGAAUGGACAUCACUGAGAAAGAAGAGGCUUUGAUUAGAAUCUGCUGCUUACGUAAGUUUGGUUACAACAUGGCCAAGAUGAAGAACAUCAGCCUGUCUUAUGAUCCAGAAAAGGGAAUGUUCUAUGGCCCUCUGCAACUGGCAGCCCAACAGGACCAGAAAGAAGCACAGGAGAAAAUGGUGGAUGCUGAGACAAAACGCAACCAGCUCAUGAGAGACAUGGCACAACUCCGACUACAGGCAGAGGUGAGCCAGUUGGAGGGUUCCCUGCAGUCCUCAGACCAGCAGCCUAGUUUCCCACUCUACCUGGUCCCUGAUACCUCAGUGCUGUGUGAGAAACUCACUCUACUCAGGCAGAUGAAUAACAGCGCCAGGUUUAUCAUCAUUAUACCAUUGGCAGUGAUUGAUGACCUUGACCAUCUGAAGAAAGAGAGCCAUGGAGCUAGAGAAGCCAUACGUUGGUUAGAGGCAGAAUUCCGUAAAGGAAAUAGAUAUGUGCGUGCCCAAAAGAACAACGAGCGCUGUUCCAAUGCAGUGCCAAGGCACAUCAAAAAGAAAGACAAGGAUGCCUGGCACUUCAUUCAGUUGGUGGACUGCUACAAAUACAUGGCACAGCAAAGCACUGAAUGUGACCCUAAGGCAAUGGUGGCAAUCUUAACCAAUUACAACCUGAGUAACAGCGAUGUACCACCUCGAGUACAACAAGCUAUCACCACGGCACAGCAAGAAGGCAUUGACAUUCAAAAUGUAGAUGACUUUCAUGCAAAGUGGAAAGAGCUUUGGAAGAGCAAAGGCUGAGACCCAGUAGAUCUUUGGCCAGACAGGCAUUGGGUCUUUCUUGAGGAAAACAACCACUAGAGGGAGUGGUAUGCUAAAAUGCUCCAGGUGAUAGAUGGUCACACAGAGACAAGGUGCAAUUACUUCACACACUAACUCAAUCAGGUUAUUUGGUAGAUAUUGAUAUGAAAAUUUGGAGAUUGACACCUAGAACAUUUAUUGUUUUUCUCUGUGACAGGUUAAAACGCAAUACCUGCAGCUAACGUGUGAUGUAUCUCAUAAAAAGAGCACUGUGCAAAUAUAAAUGCUGUUUGAUAAUGAGACAAUAUUGUUUCUUAUGCUGAAGAUCUAUGGAUAUAACAUGCCUGAUGUGAUAAAUACUGGUUAUAACUUUAAAUAUUGGGAAGUUUUAUAACUGCAACUUGGCAUCUUUUGCUUUAGAUAUAUUAGAAUGUGUCUUCUUUUUUUUUUCGUUUCAAUACAUAAACAGUAUAUAAAGGUGUUCUGCUGCAAGUGAUAAAAGGCUUCAUUUUUUCCGAAAUUCAGAAAAAGUAAUGAGGAAUACAGUCAAAGUCUUUGUUCUCCUAAAUAAAUAAAAUUGAUAUUAUCGGAAGAAGUUACUGAAGAUUGGUUUCUUUUAAAAAUGAAUUCUCCAAAUUAAUAAAAACAAGAAAAAGAAAUGGCUUCCUCAACAGCAUGAGAACCAUAAUUCAUUGUAGCUGAAAAUCUGUGAAAAAUCAAAAAGUCAGCCUCAUGUACUCGGACAUGUAACUUCUACAAAAUAUGCAUAAGAUACAUUUGUUAUACUUGGAAAGUGGAUGUACAUCGAAGAAAAGAUUCAAUUUAACUCGAGGCAAAUAACUUACCAUUUUUGUCAGAAUUACCUGACGAUUGCCAUAUAGAAAUUGUAAUCCAAUAUCUUUUUGACUGUGAAAUAAAAUUGAAACUGAAUGAUACGAU